CUUCGGUCUUCGUGACUUCGUAUUUUUUAUUUCUCUUCUGAAAGGCUUUUUUGAUCUUUUGAUGUUUGCGAAAAGAAUGUUUCGUCUUUUUCGCAAUGGAAAUCGUGCAAAGCUUUCAAGAUGAUGCAGUAUAUACAUUAGAUCAUAAUAUGAAUUUGCAACCAUUAUGGAAAAGUUGUCGAUUGUCGACUUGCCGAACGAUGUUCUGCUGGCUAUAUUUAUGCACUGUGAUUAUAAAACUUUGCUCACAGUAGCACAAGUUUGCAAAAUUUUCAAUAGAUUAUCGAGCCAUGAUGAUUUAUGGAGGCCAAUUUUAGCAAGAUGUCUCAAUAUACCACCACAAUUUCAGAGCACUUACAGUUUAAAAGACUGCUGCAAAAUCUCAUUCAAGUGGGUGCAUGGUAAAUACCAUGAGACAACAAUGGUCAAAUUUUGUGACAAGCUUCUUCCUUGGCUUCAACUAAAUUCAAGUAAUUUAUAUGUAUCGAAUGAGAACUGCAUCCAAGUGUAUAAUCACUAUCGAAGACAAUUGAAAGCAGCAAGACCGGUUGCAUCCAUCAUAGUUGGUGAACAUGAUGUCACAAGAUUUGUUGUGAAGAAGAACCUUCUUGUUAGUGGUUCUAAAAAUUAUGUCACUGUAUGGAACAUGAAAGACAAAUCAUUAUCUAAAUUGAACACUUUUUUGGGUCAUACAAAGUGUGUGUACUGUGUAGAUGUUUUUGGCAAUCUUAUUCUGUCAGGGUCAAGGGAUCGCUCUAUUAAGAUUUGGUCAUUAAGCUCGGGAAAAUGUCUAACAACCACAAAUAUUGAUGAUCCAGUGAGGUCCUUGGCAGCGAAUCCAUUUCUAGGGAGAUUUGUCGCUGGAAGUGCAGGAUACCUUCCAAGAAAUUCCGCAUUGAAGCUCUAUGAUUGUGAAACUGGUCAUCAGUUAAGUGAGCUGAUAUGUGAUAGCACUGGAAGGCGUGGGGCUGGAAUUUUAGAUCUGAAGUUUGAGUCAUCAAAUAUUUUGUUAUCUUGUGGUUAUGACACGGCUGUAAGGCUCUGGGAUAUGCGUAUUGGUGAAAGUUGUUGCGUGAAAAAAUGGGAAGAUCCGCAUGACUCAGCGGUGUACUGCAUCGAAUCGGACAAAAAAUGGAUGAUUUUAAGUGGUACAUACCGCUACGGUAUGGUACGGUUGUGGGACAAAAGAAUGGAUCGAUGUGUUAAGUACUAUUAUGGAAGUCGACAUACAAGGAGCUCAGUGUAUUCACUCAAGUUUAACAGUACCAAACUUUUCGUGGCGUUAGACAAUAGAGUUAAUAUCCUUAACUUUGACUGAAAGUAAUAUUUGUUAGUUAAUAACACGAGUUCGUCCGAACUGACAAUGAAGUACUUUAGGUAAAGGUAUUUUCAGCUUCGAAAUACUCCGAAACACGAAAUGGGAACUGCAGAACUAUAUGUGUCUGUGUGUAAUUUACAAAAAAUGUAUUUGCAACAUUGUUGGGUAACAUUAUAUCAACGCC